CCGCUGGGGCCAGGCGGGGGAGCAACUGGAGGAAGCCGGCCCCGCCCCCUCCUCAGCCACGUAGUGCGACGGGGCGGGCCCCGCGCCUUUCCCGGGGGCGUCAUUUCCGGCUCAUGCCGGAAGCCACCACGGAAUGAACCAGAUUUGAACUGGCCAAGGAGAGGUACUUCCCUGGUUGUGCUGUGGCAGCCUCUUGGAUGUCAGUCGGAACAAUAGAGGAUGCCUAUCCGUGCCCACUGUACCAUCUGCUCGGAUUUCUUUGACAAUCACAAGGAUGUGGCAGCUAUCCACUGCGGACACACCUUCCAUCAGGAGUGUCUCAUCCAGUGGUUUGACACUGCUCCGAGUCGGACUUGUCCACAGUGUAGAAUCCAGGUCAGCAAAAGACACAUCAUCAAUAAGCUGUUCUUUGAUGUUGCCCUGGAGGAGCAGACAUCACUGGAUGCAGAAAGCCUACAGAAUGAACUGGACAAGGUGAAAGCACAGCUCUCCGGGAAAGAGAAGGAGAAGCGAGACUGCCAGUCUAUCAUAGACACACUGAGGGAGACUGUGGAUGUUCACAACGCCACCAUCGAGUCACUCCAGAAAGCCCUGUGUGAGACGGAGAUGCUGUGUUCCACUCUCAAGAAACAAAUGAAGUACCUGGAGCAGCAGCAGGAAGAUACCAAAGGUGCAAAAGAGGAGGCCCGAAGGCUGAGAAACAAACUGAAAACCAUGGAGAGGAUUGAGAUGCUUCUGCAGAGCCAGCGCCCGGAAGUGGAGGAGAUGAUCCGUGACAUGGGAAUAGGGCAGGCAGCAGUGGAACAGCUUGCAGUCUACUGCAUCUCACUGAAAAAGGAAUAUGAAAAUCUGAAAGAAGCUUGGAAGGCAUCUAGUGAGAUGACUGAGAAGCUGAAAAAGGAGCUGUCUUCUUCCAAUAAUAAGCUGCAGAAAACAUUCUUGGAGUUGGAGAAGAUGAAGGAGGAGUUAAAAAGCACCCAGAAGGAUCUGAGUAACUCAGACAAGGAGAUAAUGAGUUUGAAGAAGAAGAUUGGAAUCCUGCAGGAGACCCUGAAGGUGCCAUCUGUAACCAGCGAAACGCUCAGCCGACUGGUCUUCGAAAGCCCUGCUCCUGUGGAACUGCUGAGCCCAAAGCUCCACCGCCCGGCCCAUAGCGAUAAGAUCGACCUGGACGCCACCUUUGAUGUUGAGACGCCUGAGCAACAGCCUCACAAAUCAAUCACAACCCCUGCAAAAAAACUCAAGCUGGAUAAAAAGCCGCCUCCUGUGACAAACGUAGCAAAAAAAGUUCUGAAGGAAACAAUGGAGAACUGUGUAGGUGAGCCAGAGGAUGACCUUCUAGAAGAAUUCUUUCCUGCGUUCAUCAGGAACUCGGUUCUUUCCCGGAAGCCACCCAUGGGCAGCCUGCUGGGGCCACACAAGAACACAGGAGCUGUGAGAAUGGGGUACGAUGGCUUAGGAGGUAGAACUAAGUUCAUACAGCCCACAAACCCAAUGGAGAUCCGUCCCUUAGCUGUAAAGAGCAGGAAGAGGAACGUCUCCAGGCCAGCAUCCACAACUGCAGCAGCUUCCUCCUCUGGCACCAGCCAGACGCCAUAGCACGGCAAGCAUUGAGUCCACUCAGCUCACCCUCACUGCUGUUGUGUCCUGGGUGCUGCUGUCAGCCAACAGUGCAGUAGGUCUGCUAACUGUCAUCAUCCAUCACUUCCGCUGCAACUCUGCUCUCCUGCAGCUCAGGGGAUCUGUUCUGGUCCUCCUGGGUGCUCCUAACAGUCGUCAUCCACCUCUUCCGCUUCAACUCUGCUGUCCUGCAGACACCGUACCACGGCAAGCAUGGAGCCCGCAAAGCUCGCCAUCACCGCUACUGUUGUGAGCAUUGUAAACACCUCGCACGUUAUCCUGGAGUAUAUGCAGAACCGGGCUAAGACGCCAGCACGAGGAGGAUUUUAAUGAGGACAUGGACACAGACAUUCCUGAAAGCAUGGGCUGUGACAAUUGGGACAUCAUGGCGGCAGUGGGGCUGGUUGAUAUAGUGGAAUGCUACGUCUGGGCCAGGCAAACAAGCACAGACUGGUGGGUCCGCAUAGUGUUGCAGGUAUGGGAUGAUUCACAGUGGCUGUGAAACUUUCGCAUGCGUACGGCCACUUUCCUGGAACUCUGUGAGUUACUUUCCCCCACGCUGAAGCACAGAAACACUGAGAUGAGAGCUGCCCUGACAGUUGAGAAGCAAGUGGCGAUAGCCUUGUGGAAGUUUGCAAUGCCUGACUGAUACCGGUCAGUCGGGAAUCAAUUUGGAGUGGGCAAGACUACUGUGGGGACUGCUGUGAUCCAAGUAGCCAAUGCAAUCGCUGACGUUCUGCUAUCAAGGGUAGUGACUCUGGGAAAUGUGCAGGUCAUACUGGAUAGCUUUGCUGCAAUGGGGUUCCCUAACUGUCGUGGGGCGAUAGAUGGCAUGCAUAUCCCCAUCUUGGCACCAGACCACCUUGCCAACCAGUACAUAAACCGCAAGGGGUACUUCUCAAUGGUGCUGCAAACACUGGUGGAUCACAAGGGACGUUUCACCGACAUCAAUGUGGGAUUGCCGGGAAAGGUACAUGAUGCUUGCAUAUUUAGGAACUCCGGACUGUUCCUUCUUGCAACUUCUCGGACUUACUUCCCAGACCAGAAAAUUACCAUUGAGGAAGUUGAAAUGCCAAUAUUUAUCCUUGGGGACCCAGCCUACCCCUUGCUCCCAUGGCUCAUGAAGCCGUACACCAGCAGCCUGGACAGUAAGGAGCAGUUCAACUAUAGGCUGAGCAAGUGCAGAAUGGUGGUAGAAUGUGCCUUUGGAUGUUUAAAAGCUUGCUGACUAGGUCAGACCGCAGCGUAACCAACAUUCCCAUUGUUAUUGCGGCUUGCUGUGUGCUCCAUAAUAUCUGUGAGAGUAAGAGGGAGACGGUUAUGGAGAGGUGGGAGGUUGAGGCAAAUCGCCUGGUGGCCAAUUUUUGAGCAGACACCAGCGUGAUUAGAAGAGCACAGCAAGGCACGCUGCGCAUCAGAGAGGUUUUGAAAACCAGUUUCAUGACUGGCCAGGCUACAUUGUGACUGUGUGUGUUUCUCCUUGAUGCAAACCCACCCACCUUGGUUGAUUUUUAAUUCCCUGUAACCAAACCACCCUCCCUCCUUCCCCCCUUCGAAAUAAAGUAACUAUUGUUUUGAAAC